AUGGAGGAGAGAGGAGUUCGGGAAAGCUUGGGUGACUACUACACCGUGCUUGGAAUCCGCCGAGAUUCGUCCUCCGCCGACGUCCGCAGCGCCUACCGUAGGCUCGCCUUGGUAAGCGUCGCGACCCGUCCUUUCCUCGUCUCCUCCGCGCAUUUCGGCUGGCGAUCCGCGUCGGCGAAAUGAUCCAGUCAUGGCGAUUUUCUCCUAACCUUCAUUGAAUGGGGUAAACAUCGCAGAAGUGGCAUCCUGACAGGUGGGCGGGUAGGGAGGGGAGAGAGACAUCGGCGAGGGGAGAAGCCAAGAGGAGGUUCCAGAAGAUACUGGAGGCUUAUCAAGGUAAUUAAACCCCAAGGAUCCUUUUCUUGCAUCGAGAUCGUACAAUUAAGGCGCAUCCGUAGGGACAAUUGGUUGAUUUGUGUUGAUCUCUCUGCAAAUCUUACCGAGACAUUUUGCCCCGUCUUUUGUGAUCGACAGUGUUGUCGGAUGAGAGGAAAAGAUUACUAUAUGAUGCCGGUCUAUUCAACCCCGAGAACGACGACGAUGGCUGCGGCCAGGAGGAGGUCGAGGUUAUAAUCCCCUUCCCUUCCCUCACAUUUCGCCUGUCUGCGACCGUAUAUGCCUGUUCGCCUCCCUUCACAGAGACGGUGGAUCGAUCCCCUUCUAUGGACGGACGCUCUCCGUGAAUUCCUAGCAGAUGUGGAAUCUUUUUUGGAGGCCACAUUACAUUACCGAAAUCAUUUCCCUGACCUUUGCUUUCUUCCUGUUCCCGGAAACAGGGAUUCGCCGGAUUCGUUCAGGAAAUGGUUGAUCUCAUGUCCAACGUGAGGAGACAGGUACCCUUCCAGUUCCCUCGAUGCCCUUCUUACAUCUUAGAACAACACCUCGUAUUGAAACCUCGUUGCCGUCUCUCUCCAUCGCAGCAGAAGAUUUACAGUCUCGAGGAGCUCCAGCAGAUGCUCUUCGACAUGGCGGGGGGAUUCAACUCCGCCGACGCCGUCCCCCAAUGGGGGCAUCAGGAGCCGGGGAGCUUUGACCGGUGCCCCAAGAGAAGUCGCUGCGAGGUAGAUCUCCUCGGCCGAAGAGUCGACCCAAAGGACCACCUCCCGCGGGACGGCAGAGCGAGGCAAAGAACCGCCCACUGA